AUGGAGGCAGCAAUCGGCAUCAUCGGACUCUCUUUACAACUUAUAGACUCGGCAGUGAAGGUCAGGCGAGUCAUCGGAACCUAUCGAUCUGCUUCGUCUGAGAUCAACCGCCUGGCACUCAAAGUCGAGCGUGUCGAGGCGAUUUGUGGCGCCAUCAGGAAAAACUUCGAGAAGGACGACACAAAUCUUCACUGCUCUGAUGUCAUUGAGACUUGGGGCAUUUGCGUUUUGCAGAGCAUUCAGUCGACUCUGGAAGAACUACACGUAAUAGUAGCGAAACUAGAGCGAAGGGCAUCAAAACCUCGAGCUCUGCAUACGGUCGGGUUCUUCUUCUUAGAGAAGAAGGAUGAGAUAAAGAAAUUGAGCGCCGCUUUAGACGGAGACUUGAAUGAUCUGCAACAUAUGAUGACCGCAGAACUUCUCUCACGCUUCGGUGUUGUGGAGCAGCUUCUGUUGCCGCACCAGACUCGUCCUUCAAAGCCACAGAGGCAACUUGUAUCAGGAGUCAAUGUGACGUCUACAGCGCUGUUAGUGCCUGGCACAAGUGAGGCGACAGAGCGGGACCAGAUAGAUACGACAAGACGGAUUGGUUUCUUUGGGGAGUUCAAAACUACCAAGAUCACGCGGAAAUCUCGACUGCGCGACUUACAUGAUCUUGCCAACGUGCAAGAGUCCAAAACCUAUUCGUUUGGCAUUCGUGGAAUUUCCACGAGGAUCGAACUCAGGUGGGCUUUGGACACAAAGACUCCUAUCUCUUAUUCUCUGAGCCUCCAGCACUCCAUCGCGCGAGAAAUCAACCCCCAGCUUCUGAUAAAAGUCACCAAUAUCAUAGGAAACGGGGACUUACGAGGCCUUCAAACCAUGUUCUCGAACCGCGAGAUUAUCCCCACAUCCUUUAUUGCUUCCAUGACACUUUUUGAGUACGCAGCUGCUCAUUAUCAGCCGACCAUUUGUCAUUUCUUGGCCCGACAAAAUUUUCGGCAGUGUCUUGGUGAAGACGAGGUUUUGCAAGAGUUCAAGAACUUCGGCGCUUUUGGAGACUACCCACCAAGUCGAACUUUCAGGAAUUGGGACGGCGAGGGCUUCGAAAAUAAUACUCGCCAGCACAUUCUGUGGAAAACGGAGACAACUGGGUAUGAGGCCGACGCACACUGGCCAUUUGCUCUAUCGACGCCAAGGGAUCGCAGUUGCGACGACUUGAGAGGAUGGGAUUUAUUUGACGAUAAACCCACACACACCCCGAAUGCCAUUCGAUCAUUCCACUACGCAAAAGAGCUUUUUCAAAAGAGGUUCGAAAAAAGAUCGUUGAAGAAACUUUGCAAGUCGGGAUACCUCAAGAAACAAAAACGGCUUAAGAUCCCUGGAGCCUGGGAAGAUUCACAGUGGUAG